AUGAAAAUCCUCUCACUUUCACUUAUCUUGCUCUUGGCCGCUACGGUCUCCCAAGGCCGGCCUUCGGUGCCUAGGCUCAUCGAACUCCCAACGUCAAACAUCUUUGAGACCGAAGCCGACCUUUUGGAGAAACAGCGACUCACCAUCAGCUACCCCAACUGCAGAAGCUGGCACCUUGGUGUUGAGACUUCUAACAUCAUCAAUUUCGGGACGGUUCCCGCAAAUUGCAAAGACUAUGUGGAAGACUACUUGACCACUUCCCAACAGUACCGUGACGACUCCAAAACGGUGUGCAAAGAAGCUUACUUCUACGCCAAAGGACUUGCCCUAAAGAACGACACCAUCAAUGUUUGGAUCUUUGAUCUAGACGAGACCCUCCUCUCGAAUAUACCCUUUUACGCCGAAUAUGGAUACGGGACAGAGAAGCAAGACACGGAGGCGUUCAGCAAGUGGUUAGCGGCCGGAGAAUCUCCCGUGCUCGCGGAGAGCUUGCAUCUUUACGAAAACAUCCAAGAACUCGGGAUUGAACCCAUCAUAAUCACCGAGCGAUUCCAAGAUUUGGAGGAAGUCACUUUAAAGAAUCUCAAGGCUGCUGGCUUCACCUACUGGAAACAUGCAAUAUUCAAGCCAACGGGUUCGAACACGAAGACAGCGAACUUUAAGUCAAAGGAGAGGAAGAAGCUGGAGAGGAGUGGAUACACUAUCAUUGGGAAUAUUGGAGACCAAUGGGCUGAUUUGGCUAAGGACAGCCCUGGGAGAAGGACUUUCAAGCUCCCUAACCCACUCUACUACAAGACCUAA